AUGAAAGAAUGAGCGCCGCAUUGGGUGCCCUGGGAGGGCAGCUCGUCGUCUGCCGGCCCAGGGGCGAUGCCGACUGCGCGGCUGCAUCCGGCGAUUUUCGGGCUCUCCAGCCCCGGCGCGCAGCUCAGAUCGCGGCUCCGGCAAGGCGGCGGCUCCAGGAGGCGUGGCAUUUGCCGAGGAGCGCGUCCGGGUGUUGGAUGCCGAUGGCGCCAGUGCCGCCGACGACGAUGGCGGUGGCAAAUCGGCCAAGCCCAGCGCGGGAGCUGCGAGCGAUGGUGAGAGUAUGCCGCUGCUCAAGCCAUCGCCAACGCCGAUGAUCCCACUCUCGCGGCCCAAGCCAGUGAUGAUGCCUCCUCCUCCUGCGAAUGCAACCAGAUGAGAAGGCCAGGAAGUGGAAGUGGUGGUAGCUUUGCGCAAGUUUAUCGGCCCAGGGAGAAUGCUUCUUCUUCCGCGCCAUCGCAGCAGGGCCAGGGCGGUGGAGCUAUGCAAAACUUGGACAAAGUGUUACAGAGCGCGGAGAGGCUGGCGAAUUCUCCUCCCACGAAUUCGCCAAGUUCUAGGCCGGUGAUGGGAAGGCAGCAAUCCUUCACGCCGGUAAAUGGUGCUAACAGCAGCGCUGUGAAGAGCAAGCCCGUUGCUCCAAAGACUCCCCCACAAACGAAUUUUCCAAAGCCCCCGGAGAGCUCGACCGCUGUGAAGGUAAGCCAAGACUUACCAAAGGCUCCUCCACAGACAGAUGUAUCAGCGUCGAAGCAAGCUCCUCCUGCGGCUCCAUUUCCAAGGGUUUCGUCGUCCCAAACUCCAGCUCCUGCUCCAUCUCCAGGAGUUUCUUCGUCGCCACAAACUCCCGCUCCGGCUCCAUCUCCAGGAGUUUCUCCGUCGUCACAAGCUCCGGCUCCGGCUCCAUCUCCAGGAGUUUCUCCGUCAUCGCUAGAGCUCCUGGACUUUCAGCACCACCAAGAACUCCGAUUCUCAGCUCGCCACCUUUGAUGCGACCUCCGCCCGUUGUGAGAAAAGAGGCUCUCAUGUCAGCGAAGCCGAUGAUUGCUCCAAAGCCAGCGGCACCGCCGGUGGCGCCCAAGGGACCGAGAUGAGUGGAUACUUUCAGGAAGGUGGUGGAACCGAGCGCUACACCUCCCCCUCCUCCUUCGGGUGGCUCUUCUUCGACAAAGAGUGACGAGGCAACGAAGAAGCAGACAGGUCUCAAAGUCAAAGACACUGGAGCUGGAGGUCCGCCAUCAUCGAAGCCGGGUUUAGCGAACAAGGCCAGGGAUGACAAGCGGAAAAGAUCGGAAGUGAUGGAUGGAGCUAAGCGCAGAACCGUUGCUCGUGACGA